AUGAUGAUUUUAGAAAACUAUAUCAGAAAAUAUAUUGUUUACAUUUAAUUCAAAAUUAUUAAUACAAAAAAUAGGAAAUUGGCAUAAAUUAUGAAAUUUUUGGUUGCUCUAAUACUUCUAUUGUCCUCGGUUGGUUAAUGCGAGAAAUUACAAGUGUCUGCUUAUAGUAUUAUAAAUACAAUACAUUUUAGUUGAAUCACUUUGUCCUGACACAACCAGAUUCAUUUAAUCAUCAUUAUUAAAGGCAUUAUAAACACCAUAAUUUGAAGAGUUAGUUGAAUUAAGACUAGUUCCAUAUGGGAAGGCAUCCUAAGUGUUACAAGAUGACGGUAAAAUUGUAUUUCAGUGUUAACAUGGUGAUCUAGAAUGCUUUGGCAAUAAAAUUUAAGCAUGCGGUUUUGAUGCAUUGAAUGCAUCUUAAUAAGAGUAAAUAAACUUUUUAACUUGCAUCCAAAAAUCUAGAAAACGACAAUAGGAUGAUUUUGAGAAUGAAAUCAGACAAUGUUUACCAGAUUUAUGGGAAGGCGUUUUGGAAUGUGCAAAAGGAACUGAAGGAAUAAAAUUAUUAUGGGCUAAUGGAGAAGAGACAUUAAAUUUAGAUCCUAAAUUAACUUACGUUCCAUGGGUAACAGUGAAUGGAAAAUUCGACUCAAAAGCUCAUGAACAAAUAGAAAGAAAUAUUGUAAAAUGGGCUUGUUAGAUAGCAAAUAAAUAAAAAGAUAAUUAUACAUAAAUAGAAGCAUGUGAAGAAUAUUAAUGAAUAAUUAAGAUGAAUAUUAUCA